AUGACGGAGAAACGAUCUGUCGACUUCAUCGACGAGAAGGGCGCCGAUGCCGAACUCAAGGAAGUCAUCGCUGACCGCCAGGUCCAAAUCACUCCUCAGCAGAUUCAAGCCCGCUUUGAAUCGCUCCGUGACUUGACUGAGGAGCAAAUGGCUAUAUUGAACAAGCAGCUUGUUAAGAAGCUCGAUUGGCGACUAAUGCCUUGCAUCACUCUCAUGUUCUUGAUGAACUAUCUCGACCGUAUCAAUGUCUCAAACGCACGCCUUGCUGGACUUCAAGAAGAUUUGCACAUGUCAGAUACACAGUGGAAUACUGGUAUCUCGACCUUCUAUGUUGGUUACCUUGUCGGCCAGCUUCCCGGUAACCUGUGGCUUGCCAAGGCGGAUCCCAGGUGGCUUUUGCCAUCCAUGAUGAUGGCUUGGAGUAUCGGAACGAUCUGUAUGCCGGCCAUGACAAGCGGCGCUGGAUUUGCGGUCUGCCGUUUCUUCAUCGGUCUUUCAGAAGCACCUUUCUUCCCCGGUAUCACACUGAUGACUUCUUCAUGGUACACCAAGGAAGAGAACCCAAUGCGCAUGGCUAUCUGGCACGCAGGAAACACCAUGUCCAACAUCUUGUCCGGUUUCUUGGCUGCAGCUAUCCUCGAGAACAUGGACAAUCUCCUUAAACUCCACGCAUGGCAAUGGUUCUUCAUCAUUGAGGGCGCCGUCUCCAUUCUCGUAGCAGCCAUUGCUUACUGGGCGCUUCCAUCUUGGCCACACAACACUCGCUGGCUUUCAAAGGAGGAGUCAGAAAUGGCACAAUACCGUGUCCAGGUAUCCAACGGUGGUCAUGAGGAGGAGUUAGGUGGAACAUGGGACGGACUCAAGGAAGCCGCCAAGGACCCCUUCACCUGGUUCUUCUGCAUGAUGCACUUCGCUCUUGUCACCGCUCAGAGUUUCAAGGACUUCCUGCCCUCGAUCAUGAAGACCUUCAAGUUCGACACUCUUACCACCUACCUCGUCCAAGCUCCACCCUACGCCAUCGCAUACGGAGUUGCCUGCGGUCUCGCCUACACUUCCGGUCGCUUCCAAGAAUCCUUCUAUCACAUUGUGAUUCCCAUCAUCUUCAGCGCUGCAGGCUGCGGUAUGCUCAUCGGAACCCUCAACAUUGGCGCCCGCUACUUUGGUCUCAUCCUUCUCAUCAGCGGCACCUACUCCGGUCUCAAUCUUCAGCUCAGUUGGGAAACUACUCUCGUACCCGCCCCACGUAGUAAGAAGGCUGCUCUUAUCGCUAUUGCCAACUGCAUCAGUCAAGUCAGCCACUGGUUCAGCCCCUACUUUUUCCCCAGGUCCCAAGAGCCUUUCUACAGACUCGGUGGUGGCUUGAUCUUGGUCGGCUGCCUGAUUUGCUGCGUCUCAGCCGGCUUGGUCAAGUGGCGUGCGGUGCGCUUGAACAAGAAGCUCGAUGAAGCUGAAGGCUGGUCCGAGCACACUGGUGUCGAGCGCGGAUGGAGAUAUGUGUAUUAA